CCUGGUAACCAAUAGGAAACGAGUUUACGUUGUUUUGUCUGUGAGUGUAGAACGCGGGUGGCGAAUCGUUAUGGAGGAGCAGCGUGGAUGUGACUUUGAAAUUGGGAUAUCACCAACUGGGCUCUCUUUAUUAGAUAACACAGCUGUAACAGUUUUUAAUACACCUUUAACUGGGGAAUUAACUUCCCUUAUUUCCAGCAUACUGCUGUUAUCGUCAUGACAUUUAAGCCACGCCCACCGCCCACACACGUGCAUGCAUAAGAAAAUGAUUCAUGAGGACUGGUUGUGUAGCUCAUUUAAAUUGUGUGACCUAGUCGAUGUUUCAGAGUCUGUUCACAAUAAUGACUCCACACAGCUAGAAAUCAACACAAAUUCAUUUCCACUACCUUCUUAUAACCCUUCGUCUAUUAAAAUCACUUUUGAAGCUUACAGCCUUUUAUUGGAUUCAACUUUUGAAAAGAACGUGAAACAUACCAAUAAAAAAAUAAUAGAAGGUUGUAAUGUACAGAGAGAGUCCAUUCAUCACUUUGCGCAGAUGACAGCAAAACUUAUUUUAGAUUCAGCUUUGAUGAGAGGAGCAACCCCAUCAACUGAACAUGGUGUGAACUACCAUCCUGACAACAAUCAAACUCACCCAGGAGAAAGUUUCACAAUGAGAAGGAAUCGCAUGGAGAUGUUGGCUGAGGAGCUAACAUUACAAGCUUGUUACAAAGCUUUGGAAGAAAUGGGUGAACAUUGUGUUUUUAGGUCUGAUCCAACUAUGGACAAUAUAAUUAUGGAAGGAGGUUUUGUACGCUUCCCCUCAGGGUACAGCUGUGAUGAAGACACUUCUGAAAUGGAAACGGACACAAAGAUGGGAGAAUAUGAUCACAAAUUUGAUACUUCGGCAUAUGCCACUUCUUUAAAGAGAAUGGUUACUCUGGGUUCUAUUGAAUACCCUGACGCUCCUCCAAGUACCCCUUUACUUCCAGAAAUGUUAAAGAGUCGAGACAGUUUCUCAAGGAAGCUAAAAGGGGGGCUGGCUAAAGAAUUCCUUCCUUCACCCCCUCCUCCAACCCCCAAAGAUCGGCUGCUGCCCUUAUUGGAGAACCAGAGGACUGACAUCCCUACUGACAAAUCAGACUUCAUGAUGAGACUAAUGUGCUCGCUGUCAUUGGAGUGCGGUAAGCAAGGAGGGCAAGAAGAACAGAAGGCUGUAGACGUUAAUGAUGGUGGACUUCAAAAUGAGAUUCCCAGUCUGUUUGACUAUGCAUCGCAAAUGUCCACAGAUAUUCUACAUUUUAUUAAAACUGAUGACAUAGAAGAAAAUAAACGAUUCUGUGCUAUUGCUGAGCAACUAGCGGAUGGGACUGUCAAAACGUCUUUAGCAGAGGUCAUGGCGAGAGAGAAAGAAAUAAGAAGAGACCAAAACGGUCAGAAGUCCACCACGGUAGAUGCCAUCCCAUUGUCAGCUUCUCAACAAAAACCAAGCAUGGCAUUAGAAGAGAUACAAGUUUUAGCUAGCGAGCUAAUCAUUAAUGCUGUGGUUCAUGCUUUUGCUAAGCUAAAACAGGGUGCGCUUAAACAUGGAACCCAUCCACUUUUGGGCCAAACAACAAAGCAACAGCCAGGGGAAAAAGAGACAUAUUCCAACACAAAUUUGUGUAAACACUCAACACAGUCCAACACAGCAACAACCGUUAGCUCCUGUGAUGAUGAAUUAGAACUCGACAGCAUUACAUCUGAUGCGGUAAAUAUGACCAAAUCAGUACACAUUCAUGCAAACAACUUUGCAGAAGGAAUACUCGAAAAUGCUGUGCAUGAUGCUUCCAGCUUACUGGUAAAUGUUAGGCAAACAUUGGGAACACAUGUGAACAAUGGCUCACUAACUUGUGUAAUUAAGAUGCAUGCUGAGGAAAGCCAUGAGGUUCAGGAACUGCAGUGUGCUCUACUGUGGGCUGCAGCAUCUCAGAAAGGAGCUUCAGAGCUUUGCAUUGACCUACCAGACACAAGCCUUAAACAAAAGCUUUGUAGACUCUCUCGCAGUGCCCAUGUGAAUGGCUGGACAGUGGGCACUUUAAUAACAGCACUGUGCCGGUUUUGUGAUAUGCAGCAAGAAGCCACUAGAGGGCAAUAUGAGACCUCUGAAUCUCUCUUGGAGCAUCUGAAAAGCCUUAUUGACAAAACACCCUUAAACUGAUCUUAAACCAGCUUCACCCACUGGACUGCUUUUGUGCAAUAUGUAGAACUAGUCAUUGAUUAAGCUGUGAAAGCCUAUAAUCCCCCCCCCGAAAAAAAUACAAGGAAACUUUGUGCCAAACUGCUGACAUGAUUUUUAGCUACACAAUUUCUCACCACACUCACAUCCCAAACCUUAACAUUUAUAAAAGGAGACAAGCCAUAAGAAAGAAUGUCAUACAGAACAAUAUUAAGUUAUAAUUGAUCUCAUUUUGACCCUUUUGCAAAUUAGUCCUCAAAGAUGAAACAGCUGCGUACACGCUCAACGUUUUUAUACUGAUUUAGAACCGGCUCACCCAAUCCACACGCCAAACCACAGCUUGUUAGGGAGAAAGAAAUCUGACCACAAAUCAGUUUAAAAAAAAGGAUACCGUCCACAUAUAACAGAUUGACGCAUUCUUGAAUGAAGAUCUUGUAUUCUGUGUAUUAUUAUUUUCUUCAAAAUGUCAGUUACAAUAAAAAAUCGUUUUUGCAAAUGAUAAACAUUGAA